UCUUUUAAAAAUCUUCGCGAUUAGUAGUACUUUUGUUAUACAAUUUCUUAAAAAAGAAGUUAUUUUGAUGUACAAUGUUGAAUUUCUGCUAUUUAUUUAAAUCCGUAUUUUCUAUUAAAAUAACAAAUAAGUAUAAACCCACAAAACAAAAUGAGAUGUCACGUGUCGGAAAACUUUUUGCAACGGAUGUGACACGUGCAAAACAAUGAAAGACAAGAGAUUCUUAAGGUUAAUUAAAAAAAUUGUUGGUCUCAAGAAAAAAUUUCAUCAAACUAGGUACCAAUUUUGAAGAAAAUUACUUUAGUAGUUAAAAUUGAAGCUCUAUGUAUGGGGAUAAAGACGAAUUUGGGACCCACUUUUUCCCCCAUUUCCUACUAUCGAUCGUGAUGGUAUGUCGUUGAAUUCUACUUCGAAAAAGAUUCUAAGCAAAUUUAUCUUCAAAGUAACAGUUCGAAAUUGUUGUUUUUCCUGAAAAGAAGAAACUAAAACGACAAGAUGUGACAAAAGCUCACAAUUUUCACACUUGACUCACUUGUAAUCCGCCAUUCCAUUUGUAUUAUGUCGUUUUUCUCAACUCGUAAUCCACCUCCAUUUGUAUUAAACUCCCUUUUGCAUCUUACACAUGGUUGACCACACUGUUUAAAAUCUACUACAAUUUCACAAAAAAUUCGAAUUGGCACCACCAACAUUUCUCUUGUCACCCAAAUGACAGCCUCAAGUGAAAUGUCAUUCGCUGUAAAUAAACUGGGUGGUAGACAGAAAAAGAAAAUAGAAAAUAUAUUUCUUUAAAAAACUUUUUAAUUGAAUUUUCUUUAAAAAAGUUAAAAUGAGUGCAAAGCACUUAUGUUUUCGUUGGGCAGUAGACUUAAGAAGCUUUACACCUUCACUUACACAACUUACAUCAGCAUGUUUGUUAGUUCAACCUGAAGAAAAAACACGACUUAUAAAAUUCCAUUUUAUUGAUGAUUUUCUUUCGUCACUCGUCGGCCGUUUGUUAAUGAGGAAAUUCGUCAGCGAAACCACAAACAUUAAACACAAUGAUAUUAUAUUCGACCGUGAUGUUCGAGGGAAACCCUAUCUCAAGAAUUCCAAACCAGAUUCACCUCAAAUUAGUUUCAACGUUUCUCAUCAUGGUAGUAUGGUUGUUUUAGCUGGUGUGGUUGUGAAUGUUCAUCAACAGACUACUGAUGAUGAUUCACAACAACAAAAUACACCAUCAUUGACAACAGCAACAACAACAGACUUUGGAGUUGGCAUUGAUGUCAUGAAAAUAGAAUACACUGGCGGCAAGACACUCUCUGAAUUCUUUCGUAUAAUGACGAGGAACUUCUCGGCUAGCGAAUGGCGCUACAUUAACCGCACCCAUCAUACGACCGAGCAGGCUAAAUUGAAAGCAUUCAUACGAAACUGGUGUCUGAAGGAGAGCUUUGUAAAGAACAUUGGUGUUGGCAUAUCGAUUGACUUGCAAAAGAUAAGUUUUGCCAUACAAUCGGACGACCUGGACACAGAUAACAUUGUCACAAGUACUAAAUUGAGUAUUGAUGAUGUUCCGGCUACAAUGUGGCUUUUUGAGGAGCAUAUGUUAGAUAAGGAACAUUGUGUAGCAAUUGCUUUUAGAAAUUGCAUUCCUAGCGAAGAGGGCGAGUUUAAAUUUUUCAAUUUCGAUGAGUUACUUGUGGGUGGUGUGGACAAAGGUGCGCCUGCGAUGGAAGAAUGUAAAGAAUAUUGUCGCAAUGUUCUGAAGAAGGAACGAAAGCAAAUUAGGUCAUAGCAAUAAAUUUUCUCUUGUAAUUUAAUUGAAAAAAAAAAAAAAAAAAAAAUAGAAUUAUUUUCUGUAAUAAAAUAUCUUUUUUUAAACUCAACAUGUCUUUGUAAAGAUUAUUCGCUACAUGGCAUGUCUGUGUUGAUAGUUUGUGAAUUAAUUUACUCGGAAAAUGAAUGGCAUUUCCAGGAUUGGUAUUUAUUUAUUUCACUUGUCUGUGUUGUCUGUUAUAGGGGAAUGGGAUUUGUAAGUUCUAGUUUUUGAAUCGGAUAACGGUUGAGUUAAUGGGAGUUUUAUUGCUAUCAUUACAAUCGUAUGUGUGUGUCGGUUGAUCCAAAUUACUUUUACAAAUCCUUACUGUCUGCCUAUAAGUCUAGUCUUGUUUAAGUAUGUCUACAUUUAAAUUCGAGGAAAAGAAAUAAAAAUCAAUUUUGGGGGUAAAUUUUAUUAUUUUUCUUUUUUUUUCGUACCAGCUGGUUCCUAGUACCGAUUUGGAAUAAUUCAAUGCAUGUUUGGAAGGAAUAUAUAAAUAUUAAUGAUUAUCAAUUGAGCUGAUAAGUUAUUUUUUGGUGGUAAAUUUUUUGGUAAAGGGGAUUUUAGUAACAAAUUUCAAAACUUUUCGCAAACUUUGCAGGAAUUUUUUUUUCCAUAAUAAGUUAGGGUUUCUAGCUUAAAUGGUAUUUUGUUCUGUUGUAGAAAGUACUCAUAAACCAACAAUUUUGAUUCAGAUUUGAUAGUUUUCGACCGAUAGCAAAUACGUUAAUGGCUGGACACCAGUUAAAGCUUAUUUUUUAUGUGUUGUAGUUUUCAAAUGUAUACUUUUUGCAUACUUACUUCCAAGUUCCAAACUGUUAGAGGAUAGGUGAAUGUGCUAUGUCCCCUCUCAGAAAGUCGUCUCAAAUUUUACUCAGAAAGUCGUUGCAGAUUAAUUUCGACCUGAUCUGUCUUUCAGAUACUAAGACUUUUCCUCGGUUUUUUGUACCUUUGCGGUUGCCGUUUAACAGACUGAAUGUGCAUUUGCUCUAUGUUUAAUUUGUGGCCUCUUCAAGCAAGCAUCAUCCAGCAUCUUCUGAAGGCGUGUGCCUUUGGCAGGCAAAACAUGUCAUGGUGCGAUGCACCGAGACUAUUAACAAUACUAACCCUCUAUAAGCAGGUAUGAAAUCGAUAAAAAGAGGUCUAUAACGAUCUUGAAAUUUAGGGUCUGUAUUUUUCGCAGUUCGAAUUCCAUCGUCAAUCGCUGACGGCAAAUGAUUGUCUUAUUAGACCAUCAGUAAACAGCUUGAGAUGUUCAUAAAAGGCAAUGUGCAAAAGACUGAAGUCUCGUCGGUUGACAGAUAGGACCUGAUAGUGUUACUAUACUAUUUUUUGGUUUUUUUUUUACGCCAAAAAUCCUGUUACGAGCCUUUUUAAAAUGACUUUUUAUUUAGGUUAAUUUAUCUUAAAAAAAAAUCUAAAUCAACCAUUCACAAUUAAUUGACAAAUACUAUUUUGUAUUAAUAAUAACCACCAGCAAUCUGUUGGUCUAACUAGUACACCAAUCUUCAAAGCGUGCCAACUAUUCGUGUCAUGCUAUAUGAAGUGGAACAAAUGCAUCCACUCGUCCUUUUUCUGGACAAUUUUAAGUACAAGCAAACGAACAAUAAUACAAAAUGUUUCCCUAUUUUAGAAUCCGCCCCCGUCUAUUUGUAUUGUCAUCAAGAAAAUUACCGUAGACGGCCUUCAACAAUUGAAAGAAAAUCCAUUAAUAUUUCACCCCAUUCCAUAAAACAACAAUAAGCUAUGUAUAACAAGCAUGCACUUUGAAUUGCAACAAUUUUCAUUUAUUGCCACUCUUUCAUUCACAAAAUAGGUUACCCAUGCCCACCGACACACAUUUUUUUUUGUAUUUUACAUGUUGCCGACCUAAGGUUUUUAUUUUUAAAUCGUUUUCGAUCUGAUUGAUGGCAAUUCUACCCUUGUUCACCAAACAAAAAAAAAUACCUUUCCCCUCAGAAGAAAACAACCAAACAAAGACGUUAUCGUCAGGGAGGGGUGUCAGAAUUAAAAGGCCGCUCUAGGGUAAAGUAACGAACCCUCAAGCCAAAAAUGAUCUUAAGUGUUUAGGUUCGUUUGGCUAUGAGGGAUUAUAUCUGAAAAGGGUGAGGGCAUUUGUGUUCAGGCAGAACACCGAAAGCGAUCGCAUUGCAAAAUUAAAUUUAGGCCACCAGGCAGGAGGUUGUCGAAGCGCAAAUACAAUUUUAAUAAUGAAACUCGAUCAGACAGAAAAUUUUUUUUGUUUACUUUUUAUAUUUGGUUUGAUAUUUAUUUCCUAUAUGGUUAGAGCCCUUGAAAAACACAUCCGAAGAGGUUUUUUACGAUUAUAUUCCAUAGUAUUACAUUAGACGGUAUAUGAAUGCGGUGUUUGAAUUAAAUUUUGAUUCGCAUGAUCGCCGGCAGGUGUGACAUUGAUAAACAUUACUAGCUUUUGAUUAAGAAUGACUGGUAAACUCACCCUUUGGUUUUUAAAAAAACACAAAAUUGUUUUUAUUACACGGGUCGCCAGGAAAUAUGGUUCCGCUUCAUUAGGAUUUGAAGAAAUUCUUCCAAAAAUAUUUUGUUUCGCGGUUGAUUGAAUAGCGAACAUUUUUAUAAUAAUAAAUUCGAAAUUAGGUAUUGUGAAUUUAUAUAAAUUUGUAUGGAAUAUAGAACGUGCUUCUUUCAGAUUUCCAGAAAUAAUUUUUAUUUAUCGCUUCAUUUGAAAUUAAAUUGUUCAAGUGUGUUGAAUCUUGGAGCGAAUCCAAAAUGUUGUCAAUUUCAUGUUUUUGACUGCGGUAUGAUCUAUAAAGUAUAGAUUUAUGGAAGUAGUAUGCUAAGUGUGUUGCUACUUAAAUUAAUUUUAAUUGAAAGAAACAAUGUGGCAUACAUUAGGAUUUUCAACAAUUAUACGAAAAUAUAUACAUACAUAUUUCGCAAAUUAUAUUUUCAUAAUCAUAAUAAACUGAAAAGGUUGAAUGACUCAGAAAAUCUUCAUCCAAAGAUAAGUACAGUUGAACAUUUGGUCAAUUUGUUUUUAUGUGAGUUUACGAAAAACUAUUUUUUAAAUUUAGUUUUAACAGCUAUCUAGAGCUGUUAGCUGAAACGAAACUUAAGGAUUUAAGUUGUGACAGUUUAUGCAGACGAAAAAGUAGGGAAUAAGAUUUUUAAGUUUGGUUUCAACAAAUGGGUCUAAGACGACUUUCAUUUUAAACUUUCACGUGAAUCAUAUACAUAGCUGAAUAGCUAUUAAAGGUAUGAAACCGUAAACCGCUGUCAACAUAAUUUCGUACUGAGGCUGUCUUCCUUGAAUUUCUUAUUUUAAUUUAUGCUGAGUAAUUUUCAUACCUGCAUAUAUUGUAAAAAAGGAGCACUUAGCUCAACACAAAUGUUUUAUGAUUGUGGAAAUCAAAUCUAGGUCGAUUUCAUUAUUUAGGAUGCCUUUUUCGCAUUACUGAUUUCUACUAAAGCAUUCUAGGAGCUUGUUUAGUGCUGGGGUGAAUUAUAUUUGAUUUAAUGGGUGUCCCAAGAAUAACAGUCUAUUAUAAGUCGUUAAGUAAGCCUUGUUUUGGCUAGUGUAAAUGAGCAGUAGAAAAAGUGGACCACAAGCAAAGUUCGAAGUUUCCCAGCAUCCGUUAAAAUAUAACGAAGAGAUUUUGUUUGAGUAUUUGGCAGUGAACAGUCAACACGACCUCAUGCAAAGGGCUGUUUGAGUUUUCUGUUCUAGCAACGCGAAGUGUGUUAUUUUUUUAAAUUUUUUUCUAGAGGGAUUCCUUGUGUCCCUACGAUUGAACUUUGCUGUUCUGGAAAAACCUUUGAUAUUUGCUAUCGAUUCACAAUAAUUUUACCAACUUUAUUUCUUAAGGGGUAAUAACACCUUGUAAACCAUGAAAUCGAGCGUCAUUUUCAUCAGCGUAUAAAACAAAGAAGAAAUAUUAUUUACUUUUGGUGUUUGUUUAGUUUAAUUAAGUAUAUUUUUAGGUAACAGAAUAGGCUUAUGUUAAAUUUUUUAAUGAUGUGAAAUUUUUUAAAUGGCUGUGUAGUUAAGGAUGACAGUAAAAUCCUGUGCUCCCAUCGGGCGACCAACUAACUCCUACAGUUUUUAACCGAUUGGGCUGAAAUUUUGUGUGGAGCUUAAAAAUACUAUUCUCUAGUAAAGUACGUAGGAAAUA